GUGGCGAUCCGUUUUGCUGGACCGGCGAGGAAAACGACCCACCAACUUAAACCCUACCAUAUAUAAAGAGAAUGAGGUACCAUAAUCAGGGGCCCUUUGCUCUAGCCUAUUCGCGCUUUUCAACACAUCCAGAGCCUUUCCGGUUGAGAAAGAUGAAGAUUAUCGCUGCGUAUUUGCUCGCAGUCUUGGGCGUUGGAGCUGAAGUUGAUGAUGAGAGGGUUCAGCUUCUUUUGUCGGAAGUUAAGGGUAAGGAUAUAACGGACCUUAUUGCAUCUGGAAGGGAGAAGUUGGCAUCAGUUCCUUCUGGUGGCGGUGGUGGUGCUGUUGCAAUGGUUGCAUCUUCAGCCGGUGGUGGUGCCCCUGCUGCUCUAGCAGCAAGUGAGGCCAAGAAAGAGGAAAAGGAGGAAGAGAAAGAGGAGUUGGAUGGGGUUUUACAAUGCCGUUCACAUCUCCACAAAUGCUUCUCUUGCGGAUUGUCCUUCAUGAGUUGCCUUAUUGACUCGGACCCAAGACGUUACAUUGUUUUGUUACUAUGGAAUCAUCAAAAAGUUCCCACCACAGUUGUCAAGGUUUUCAAAUUUUGCAGAGAAUGCUAUGUUUGACAUUGGGGGGAAUUACCUCUCCAAGCAAAUCAGAGAAAUGGAGGCCUACUUUAGCAGCAAAUGGUCAAGUGUGAGACGGAAGUAGACGCUCCGCCAGACGAUAGUGGCUAGUUUGAGCUACAAGGGACUAUCAUAGGGUAAUGGGCAUGAUUCAGAAUCAAGGUCAUCUAUGGCAGCGGAGGAACCAGAGAAUUGCUUAAUAAGUCUUCACAGGCCCCCAAUUCUGGCUUCUGCAGCAAAUUUAAAUAUGUUUAGCCGAAUUGUAGUGAGUUUCAUUAUGUUCAGGCCUCUGCUCUUGUUUGUAGUAGAGUUUCUACUGUGGUAUUGCAAAGGUUUGCCAGCCUUCUGGAACUUUCCUCUCUCUUGGUAAUAACAUCUCAAGAUCAAAUCAAUUUGCUCGUAGAUAGAACCAUGAGAAUAACAUACCAUCAUUUAGGCAAACAAAGUGAGUUCCCUAUGCAAACAAGCAAAUGAACAGAGCAUGAAUUCAUACAAUCUACCAAGAAAACUGCGUGUAAAUGAUAAAACAAGUCCGAUUCUUGAAAUUCUAAAUCUUACUGGCAAAGGUGAGGCCCUCCUUUGCCAGUUGGCCUAAACUCUCAACGCGGGGUUGGACCCUUGCAACUUUGGCGAUGGCCUUAUUUCUUCCGGAGUCCCACUCUCCAAAAACGCACCCAUUACCUUACCAUCUUUGAUCCAGUAUGCACCAAACUUGGGAUUUUCAGAGUUGGGGUCUUUGUUUCCAAAUACAACUAUGUCACCAACAUUGUCACCAUAGAACUGCCACGACAAAUUGAAGGCACGGGAUUAGAAGGUAGUCAUACUCAUCAAUUGAUUUGCCGCCUUCAAUUGCAAAUAUAGCAUGCACAAAUUGGACACAAGUCAAUUACUGGUUCAAUCCCCAAGUUGAAUUACGGCACGUUUCAAGAUUGUAAAAGGAAGGAAUCCACGAAAUUGCAGAGCGCAACAAAAGGGCAACAAGGGGAGGUGAAAUUAUACAAUUGUCCAGGAGUAUCGCGACAUUUCCAGUGGUUGGACCUUUCAACAUGAUGUGACACCUUGAGAAUGUCAAA